AUGGCUGCUUUGUCCUCCAGCGAUUGGGAGAUCCAGAACACCAGCCAUCUGGCAGCUGACGGGGAGCGGGCAGCCGCCUGGCCCGUGGGCAUUCCAGCACCAUCCCGCCCGGCCUCCCGCUUUGAGGUGCUGCGCUGGGACUAUUUCACAGAGCAGCAUGCUUUCUCCUGUGCUGACGGUUCGCCCCGAUGCCCACUGCGAGGGGCCGACCGGGCCGAUGUGGCUGACGUUCUAGGGGCAGCCCUGGAAGAGCUCAAUCGUCGCUACCACCCAGCCCUGCGGCUCCAGAAACAGCAGCUGGUCAACGGCUACCGACGCUUUGAUCCUGCCCGGGGCAUGGAGUACACACUGGACUUGCAGCUGGAGGUGCUGACCCCCCAGGGCAGCCGCCGGCCCCUGACCCGCCGGGUGCAGCUGCUACGGCCGCUGAGCCGUGUGGAGAUCUUGCCUGUGCCCUAUGUCACGGAGGCCUCGCGUCUCACCGUGUUACUGCCUCUGGCUGCGGCCGAGCGUGACCUGGCCCCUGGCUUCCUGGAGGCCUUCGCCGCUGCAGCCCUGGAGCCCGGCGAUGCGGCAGCGGCCUUGACCCUGCUGCUCCUGUACGAGCCCCGGCAGGCCCAGCGGGCGGCCCACGCGGACGUCUUUGCACCUGUCAAGGCCCGCGUGGCCGAACUGGAGCGGCGUUUCCCCGGUGCCCGGGUGCCCUGGCUCAGUGUGCAGACGGCCGCGCCCUCACCACUGCGCCUCCUGGAUCUGCUCUCCAAGAAGCACCCGCUGGACACGCUGUUCCUGCUGGCCGGGCCAGACACGGUGCUCACGCCUGACUUCCUGAACCGCUGCCGCAUGCACGCCAUCUCCGGCUGGCAGGCCUUCUUCCCCAUGCACUUCCAGGCCUUCCACCCGGCCGUGGCCCCCCCCCAGGGCCCCGGGCCCCCGGAGCUGGGCCGAGACACGGGCCGCUUUGAUCGCCAGGCGGCCAGCGAGGCCUGCUUCUACAACUCCGACUACGUGGCAGCGCGCGGGCGGCUUGCAGCGGCCCCCGAGCAGGAGGAGGAGCUGCUGGAGAGCCUGGACGUGUACGGGCUCUUCCUGCGCUUCUCCGGCCUCCACGUGCUGCGGGCCGUGGAGCCCGCACUGCUGCAGCGCUACCGGGCCCAGGCAUGCAGCGCGCGGCUCGGCGAGGACCUGUACCACCGCUGCCGCGAGAGCGAGCUGGAGGGCCUGGGCUCCCGCACCCAGCUAGCCAUGCUGCUCUUCGAGCAGGAGCAGGGCAACAGCACCUGAGCCCGCCCCGCAGCCCGGAGCCCCGGCAUGGCAGCGCCCCCCACCAACUCCUCCCCAGCAACCCAGAGCCACCUACCAGCCUCGCCGGACAGGGCUGGCUGCAGCCUCGGACCCCAGGGCCGCCCGCGGGCCCCCUCUCUCUAGCUUUGUGGGUCCUCGGGCUCAGGACAGGCCCCAGCGGGCGGGGGGGGGAGGAACCUCCGGAACCGCCCCUUCCUGCCCCAAACCUGGUCUCCCUGCCCCCGCCCCCCUUGACGCUGCUGAUCAGGCUGUGGCCUCUUGAGUAUUUAUGCAGUGCAGUCUGCCUGACGCCAGCCCCAUCUCCUAGGGCCUCCUGGGGGCUGGGCUGUAGAUGAGUGGUUGGGGAAGAGGGGAGCUGAGAGAAGAAGGUAGGGUAUCUCCCAACUUCUCCCUUCUGGACCUGGAUGAAGCUCCCUGCCUUUAAUAAACUGACUGAGUGUGGACUCGU